AUGUACAAAAUGAGCUGGGACUGCGAACUGGAAAGAGCAGCCGAAGGAUAUCUGGUGAAUUCAGGAAAAAAGAUUACCGAAGAAGAGUUGGCAGCAAUUCCACAGGUGGCCAAUUACGAUGCAAGGUAUGUACUAACGUUUAUAGAUAAAGAAAAAUUCUAAUA